UGAGAGAGCUUUUACAUUCGGUGUCGGCUGGAGCUUAUCACAAGCGUAGCAGUAGUCGGCGGAGUUUAUUGCCGUCAGUUUUGCCGUCGCUCGCGUCAUGUCGUGUCUGAGCACUAUAGAACAUUGUGUGUUACCAAAUCGGAUAAUACAUCGGAUAAUAAUAAUACAUCAUCAUUUGUGCACACACAUAUAUUGCCGGUGUCAUUGUGUUGGCAACGUGUCGUCGUAUUAAGGAGAAUAUUCAAAACAUCAUAAAUUUACACUAUAAUAAACAACAAAACAACAAAAAUAUUACACAAUAAAUCUGGGCAAGCAAAGUUAUGCAAGUGUGAAAGUAAAUCAAAGUGAAAGUCAAUACAAACGCCAAUGAACGUAGUGAUGUGGAAUUGAAUCUAAAAAGCAAAAGCCCGCCCCUUGCCCCCACGUUGACAAAACAUAUACUGAACCCAUAAUCUAUUGCACAAAAAUAAUGCCAAGACCCUCGCGUGAGUCCUACGGCGAUCAGAAGCCUCCCUAUUCGUACAUUUCAUUGACUGCGAUGGCCAUUUGGAGCUCACCGGAAAAGAUGUUACCUCUUAGCGACAUAUAUAAGUUUAUAACCGAUCGUUUUCCCUACUAUCGGAAGAAUACCCAGCGCUGGCAGAACUCACUGAGACACAAUUUGAGCUUUAACGAUUGCUUCAUAAAGGUUCCCCGUCGUCCGGAUAGGCCUGGAAAGGGAGCCUAUUGGGCCCUACACCCACAAGCGUUCGAUAUGUUUGAGAACGGUAGCCUGCUUCGACGCCGGAAGAGAUUUAAACUUCAUAAAAACGAUAAGGACCUUCUUAACGAGGAGUUAACUGCUCUAGCGAAUCUAAAUCGAUUUUUCUUCACGGCUCGAAGCGGCAACAGUGCUGCUCAUUUGCCGCCGUUGGAUGUUAAUAAUGCAUCUAUGAGGAUUGAUUCCUCCCCGGCACAACAUAUUCCACCCCACUUAACAAAUCGCCUGCCAACCACAAUGGGACAUAGCACGACAUUGACUGAUCCUGCCCAGUUAGCAUUAUCCAGCACAGAUAGCACAAGUUUAGCCGAUAUGACGAUGUCAAAUUUGCGUUCCCUUACUGCAACGGAUAGUGAAGGAAACAUUAGUUUCCGGCCAAAGCGUUCCUUUACAAUUGAGAGUCUGAUCACGCCCGAUAAGCCGGAGCACCAAUCGGAGGAAGAAGAGGACGAGGACGACCGCGGAGACAUUGAUGUGGUGGAGUGUGGUAACACCUAUACCGACAUUUCACGACAUUCACGGACGCGUACAUCGUCGGAGGAGUUUUUGUCAGUAUCACGACCCAUCUGCACUGAGGAUCAACGCGAACGUCCACUUCCGCCGUUGCACACGAUAACUGCAGCAGCCCAUCUACCGUUCCUUCAUUACGCAGCCGGUGUAAAUGUAUCCGGCAUAGCCACCGGAACCUUUCCACCAUCUGGUAUUCCCAGCACCACCUAUGAACUGGCCAUGUCGCAUCCAUUGUUAAUGAUGACAACACCCAUAGCGAAUAUGCAUAGCAGCUAUUACAAUAAUGUCCCUCUAACGCCUCCGACGCAAACGACAUAUCGAACGCCGGAGGUCCAGAAUAGAAUCGAAGACGGCAUGAGAACUAUAUAGACGAUCUUUUCUAGAGAACGCAUGAUCACUCAUGACUCGUGCAGACUUAAUAAUGGGCAUGUAAAUCCUUAUAAACGUAGUUCCUUUUGUAUUAAGGUUAGUAGGUCCAACAAUUUGACAUACGGAUACAGAUGAUAGUAUAUAGUAGUUCUAGUU